UCUUGAAGUCGACCUCUUUGGCGACUAAAUCUUUUAGAAGAAAGAAAGAAAGUAAGAAAGGUCCACAAUUCCCAAGCUUAUCAGAAAACCAAAUCUAAAUCGUUCUCAUCUUGAGACAACCAAUCAAAAAUGAUCCAUCUGACUCAGCCAGAGGGUUUAAUAGUAGUCUUCAUUCCCCAAUUAUAUUCAUACUCUUUCCUUUUUGGUAUGCGUUUUCCUAAGAACCCUAGUCAAACUCAUACAUUUGGCAAUGAAUUCACUUAAACGUCGUAACGCUGAUCCAAUAACAUUUAAACCCUUCUUAUCAUCUCCUCCUUGCAAUUUCUCAUUCUCUUUUUCUUCCCUCAUAGAUCUUAAACGACAAGGUUUCACUCUGUUCCUCCUCUGUUUCUCUUUGACUGCUCUCAUGGUGGACUCAGACACAGACUCGGACUCAGGUCCUGUAAUCCUCGCAAGCCCACUCGUCAGUUUCCUCCAGCACGUGCAACUCACGGCACUUCGGUCCUACCCUAAAAAACAAACCCCUGAUCCCAAAUACUACAUGGAUCUAUCUCUCAAACGUCCCUACAAUCUCUCUACCGCCGAAUCAGCCUUCAAAGACCUCACAAGCGAGUCACGUGACCUGUCAGUACCAGUGGAGAAGCUCGAAAGUUUUCUUAAAGAAUACUUUGACGGCGCAGGGGAGGAUCUGUUGCACCACGAACCUGUGGAUUUCGUCUCAGAUCCCUCGGGAUUCCUCUCCAACGUGGAGAACCAAAAAGUCAGAGACUGGGCGCGUGAGGUACACGUUCUUUGGAGAAACCUGAGCUGCAGAGUCGCUGACUCGGUUAGAGAGUCUCCUGGCCGGCACACGCUGCUACCGUUGCCGGAACCGGUUAUCAUUCCCGGUUCGAGAUUCAGAGAAGUCUAUUACUGGGAUUCUUAUUGGGUCAUCAAAGGACUUAUGACUAGUAAAAUGUUCACUACCGCCAAAGGAUUAGUCAAGAAUCUCAUGUCACUUGUGGAGACCUAUGGUUUCGCUUUGAACGGCGCUAGAGCUUAUUACACUAACAGAAGCCAACCACCUCUAUUGAGCUCAAUGGUCUAUGAGAUAUAUAAUGUAACCAAAGAUGAUGAACUUGUGAGGGAAGCUAUCCCUGUGCUUGUCAAAGAGUACGAGUUUUGGAACUCAGGAAAACAUAAAGUGGUUAUUCGAGACGCCAGUGGUUAUGAUCACGUUUUAAGCCGUUAUUAUGCUUUGUGGAACAUGCCACGGCCUGAAUCCUCUGUUUUUGAUGAAGAAUCCGCUUCAGGGUUCUCGACUAUGUCAGAGAAACAACGGUUCCAUCGAGAUAUAGCCUCGGCUGCUGAAUCAGGAUGUGAUUUCAGCACGCGAUGGAUGAGGGAUCCUCCUAAUUUCACAACUAUGGCUACAACAUCAGUUGUACCUGUUGAUCUAAACGUGUUUCUUCUCAAGAUGGAACUCGAUAUAGCAUUCUUGAUGGAGAUUUCCGGGGAUAAAAAUGGUUCAGACCAUUUUGUGAAAGCAUCGAAAGCUAGAGAGAAAGCAUUUGAAACCGUGUUUUGGAAUGAGGAAGCAGGACAGUGGCUAGAUUACUGGCUUUCCUCCAAUGGUGAUGAGCCUGAGGCAUGGAAAGCUGAGAACCAGAACACCAAUGUUUUUGCAUCUAACUUUGCUCCAAUAUGGAUUAAUACCAUCAGUUCAGAUGAAACUCUGGUCAAGAAAGUUGUGAAAGCUCUCAAAAACUCAGGACUCAUAGCUCCCGCUGGAAUCCUCACAUCUUUGACAGAUUCUGGACAACAAUGGGACUUUCCAAAUGGGUGGGCACCGCAACAAGAAAUGAUCGUUACAGGGCUCGCGAGCUCGAGCUCAAAGGAAGCAAAAGAGAUGGCAGAGGAUAUUGCAAGGAGAUGGAUAAGAAGCAACUAUCUUGUAUACAAGAAAGGUGGGACUAUGCAUGAGAAGCUUAAGGUUACAGAGCUUGGUGAAUAUGGUGGUGGAGGAGAAUAUAUUCCGCAGACGGGAUUUGGAUGGUCGAACGGGGUUAUAUUAGCAUUCCUGGAGGAGUUUGGAUGGCCUUCCAACCUCAGCAUUGAACCCUAGAUUUACUACUUUUUAUUUAACUUACCAUUUUAUAUAAAUAAAAACAUUAUGAUAUACUGGUGAACGUAGUUUCUUACUUUGUUGUGGUGGAUCUCUUGGGGGUUUGUUUCUAUCAGAAUGUUAUAGAGUUCCAACUUACAA